CUCCAAUCGCGCAUAACUACCUUGCUGCGCCAACAACAGUAUAAAUAAUAUCUACUGGCAAUAGAUAAAUAAUGAACAUACCACCCUUGUUUUAAUUAUCUUGGCGUUCAUUUUCUGCAACAAAGAUGUCGCGCGGUCGCGAGAGGGGCUACAAGGUUUACAUUGGUGAUUUACCUCGGGAGGCUUCGGAAAGAGAAAUCGAGCGCAUAUUCCAUGAUUAUGGAAGAUUGCGCAACGUCUGGGUGGCCAGAAAUCCUCCUGGAUUUGCCUUCGUAGAAUUCGAAGACUUGGCUGACGCUCAAGAAGCAGUACGCGAGCUCGAUGGAACCGUAAUGUGUGGUGUUCGAGCGCGUGUGGAACUCAGCAGUGGAAAAUCACGACAAAAGCCAUGGAUUCGUGGCGGUGGACGAGACGGGGGCGGUCGCGAAUUUGGCACACGUAGAGGACGACCAUUUGAUCCUUCGGACCGUUGCUACGAAUGUGGCGAACGCGGUCACUAUGCAUACGAUUGUCGCCGCCGUAAUGGUGGACCUGGCGUUGGACGUUUCGACGGACGUCGGCGAAGAUCAAGGUCCCUAUCAGGUCGCCGAAGUGGGUCACGCAGUCGAAGCCGAUGAACUGUUGUUUCCCGCUACUUCACUCCACGCAUGUAAUCUGCAGUUUUCCUUGUGUUUGCGGCAUUUACGUUCCAAUUCCUGAUAAUGUUAACGGCCUCAAUACAGUGUUACACGU